AUGUCGCGACCUACAUCGAUGCUUCCGUCAGUGUCUUCUACAGGUUCAUCUUUUCGUCAGCCAAGUACUCACCAUGCUGCUCCCCAGCAGCAAUCGUCGGCCCUGGCAGCCCGGAUUGCGUCGAAGAAGGCUGAGCUAGAUAAUCUGAAGCAACUUCGCGAAAUGAGUGGUGCACUAGCGAUGCAAAUGCAAGUGUUAGAAGAGAAGAUAGGCACGCUUAAGGAUGGCACAGAAGGUUCGUUAACCUCGGCUUGCACAUGCUUCCAGUUUACCCUCGGAGGCUGCUCUUGCGAUUCCUCGAAGGAAAUAAGAUUUAGUGAAUUGGUUGACUACGCACGCUUCAUGCUAAUGCUUGCUGUCUUACCGGGUUUAGCUGUCGCCUGCGUUCUUGCUAACUGGGACAAUGUUCUGCGGUCUAUUAGCAUGGCCUCUACAGAAGCUGUAAUUGUUCAAAGACCGAUAGCGCAAAGUACCAACAUUUUGUCUGAGGAUGAUAAAACAGUUGAUUCUCGCAUACCUGCGACUCUAGUCCGAAUCCCAGCAGAAGCAGUAACGGCGAGAGAUUAA